CUCUGGGGAGGUGGGAAGGGUCUCCUGUCUGAUCCUUUGUCACGGGAAGACUUUGGGGUUUUACUCUGCUGUUGCCUCCGUGCAGGGACGAGAGGAUUUCACCUAGCUCCAUCCAACAGGGAGAGCAACUAUGUCCACAAAGCAAAGCACAGUUGAAUCCUGAAGGACGGAGGUCAGCCAGAUGAGCAGGAUGCUUCCUCAAAGGGCGGCUGUGAGCACGCUCGGCUACAGCUCAGACUGUGUGAAGAUGGAGCCGAGCGGCAGCAGCCCGGUUGGCGGAACCUUCCUCAGGGGCUCCCGCUCUAAGGCGGAGCUGCAGGAAUUGAUGGAGACGCUGCAGCGCAGGAAGAGUGCCCUGGAGGCCAGUCUGAGGGCGGCUGAGUGCAGCCGCAAGUAUUUCAAUACGCCUUCCCCCGGCGGACCCCAGUCCAAACGACCACUCUCCAUCCUCGGAACCAGCGAGCAUCAGCAGUCUUCUUCGAGAAACUUCUCGUACGUGAGCAGCAGCAGCAUGCCCCCUUCCCCUCGCCAGGGUGAGCGCCAGUUUAGCCCCAACGGCUUGUUCCGUCACCAGAACGCUCGGCACCAAUCGCAAGACAGCCUCUUCCACCCUAUGGAUGGAAGUUCUUUCAUCUCCUCUUAUGGAGAACCCAUACCUCGCUCUCCGAGGGUUAAGAGCGGCACAGCUAGCGUGCCCUCAAGCCCUCGACUGGGCCGCAGACUUUACUCACACGGCAAAGCCGUAAGUGACUCCAGGCAGAGGAAAUACUCGACAGGUUCCCUCAACAGUCUGGGCAUGCACAGCCGCUCGCUACCCCGCCUUCACAAUCCAGCCGAUCCUCCCAUUUUAUCUCUGCCGCCUCAUCUACAUCGAGCAGGGCGCUCGGCCGUGGCUCGGCGCAGUCUCUCCUCCCUUGAACAACCACCUGAUGUGACGGUACCAGCCAGUAUGCCCAAUACACCCAGGAGGGCCAGCAUGGCCUCCCUGAGCUCUCUAGGUGUUGAGAUAGAUGGGCCGAACUUGGAUGCGGGCUUUGGAGAGCGGAGGUUAUCUUUUGGGAAAGGCGGGCUGAGUCCAGGUCAAAGAGUGGGCAGCAUCACUUCUUUGAACGGCAAAGAGGAGUUGAGAGACUACCACCAGCACCAGAGAGACGAGAGACUCAGGGAGCAGAAAGUGCACAAGUUGGAAAGUCAGCGGCUGGAGACCAUCAUGACCCUGUUUACGGAGUUUGCACAAGUGGAGCCUGCAGGUUCAGCAGUUUCCGACCUGCAGAAGAUCAAUAAGGAGUUGGAGAAGCUGCAGGUGUCGGACGACGAGUCCGUUUUCUCCGACUCUCCCGGCGGCACGGCGCCGGAAGGCGGUUUUGGCACCAGAGGACGGGAUUUGCUUCUCAGCGACGAGCAGCAGGUCAGCAGUCGUCAGCAAAACGGUUACAGAGAAGUUGGCUCGCCGGCGCUUAGCCUUGGCGGCGGUGCACCCUCACCAUCCAGCAACCACAGAGCUAAGGUGUUGGAGAGUGUGCAGCUGAAGCAGGAAGUAACACACAUUGAAGAGGAGAGGAUCCAAGUUGUCAACAACAUUGAGGAACUGGAGCAGAAGAUUAAAGACCUGGACAACCAGAUGGAAGAGUCGGUCAGAGAGAUGGAGGUAGAGUGCGCUUUGCUGGAAGGGGAGCAAGAAUCAGAGAUGGCUCAGAUGCAAAAAGAAAAGGAGCUUUUGGACCAGCUUAAGGAAAAUAUUCAUAGUACUGAAAAGAUUAGCCACACUGAGAAAGCACAGGAAGCAGAGGAGCAAGCAAAAAGCUUGGAGGAAUUGGAGUUUCAAAAAUUGGAGAGAGAGAUUUACCAAGAUGAGGAAAAGGAAAAUCAGAGUCAGUUACUGAGAGAAAUUGCUGACUGUCAGCGUCUCGCUAUCACGCGCAAGGAGAGACUUGCAACUCUGAAGAAACAGUCCUCGCAGAUUACUUUACAGUCCCAGCAGGAGAGAGAAGACUUCCAGAGGGAAAAAAGCAAUCUGCUCAUCAUGCUGCAGAAGGAGAGAGACAAGCUGGCGUCUUUGGAAGGAAAGUAUGCAGAGCUGUCUGAGAAGCAGAACUUGGCCAAUAGCAACGGGGCCGUCAAAGAGCAUUUGCACUCGGCAAAGGAAAGACGAAGAAGCGGCAAGGAAAACUCGGCCCAUCUGAGCGACAACACGACGCCAAAGAGGAGCCAGCAGAUCGUCACUCCCUACGGACGAUCUCUGGGACGCACCCUUCCGCCCAAGGCCCAUCUGCCUCUGUCACAAAGCUCCAGCUGUGGCAGCGUCAUCCCGCCAGGGCUCAGCUUUGUCCCCCGAGACCUGAAUGCUCGCCGCCAGCCAAAAACAGGCCACACACAUAUGAAUGACGGCGUACACAGCCGACAAAAAAAAAGUGAUUUUGGUAGUCGGAUGCUCUCUGAGGCCAACGUUUAUCUGGACUCUUUGUCCUACCCGGAUAACAGCCAGGCCUCCGACACCGUCAGUGUGGACAGUUCUGACAGCAUGGAGACCAGCUUCUCCGCAUGCUCUCCAGAUAACAUCUCCAGUGCCAGUAUGACCAACAUGGCCAAGCUCGAGGAGAUGGAGCGUUUACUCCGAGAGGCCCAGGUGGAAAAGCUAAGGCUCCUUGAGCACAGGGAACGUGAGAUGGAGAUACGCCGGCAAGCUUUGGAGGAAGAGCGAAGACGGAGGGAGGAACUGGAGAAACGCCUGCAGGAGGAGACCAAUCGGAGACAGAAACUUGUGGAGCGGGAAGUGAAGCUCAGGGAGAAACAGAGAUCGCAGUCCCGACUUCUGUCGCGCUACUUACCCAUGAGGAAAGACGAUUUUGACCUUCAUUGCCAUAUUGAGGCGGCGGGCCACAAUCCAGACGCCUGCUUCCACUUGGCCAUCACGGACAAAACAUGCAGAGGCUUCCUUGUAAAAAUGGGAGGGAAAAUAAAAACCUGGAAGAAGCGCUGGUUUGUUUUUGACCAGAAUCGCAGGACGCUCACUUACUAUGCGGACAAGCAUGAGACCAAGAUGAAAGGAGUCAUUUAUUUCCAAGCAAUAGAGGAGGUGUACUAUGAUCAUUUGAAGAAUGCACACAAAAGUCCCAACCCCUCGUUGACCUUUAGUGUGAAGACUCAUGACCGGGUCUACUACAUGGUGGCCCCGUCUCCCGAGGCCAUGCGUAUCUGGAUGGAUGUUAUUGUGACAGGAGCAGAGGGACACAUGCACUUCAUGGUGUAGCAGACCCUUAAAGGUCUUUUUAUUAUGCGGGGGGGGAUAUUUGCACAUUUCCAAUUCAGCGUGUUUGAAUGUGUACUGUAUUAUAUACGUAUGUGAUGUCUUAGAGUAGGGGUGUCCAAACUACGGCCCACGGGCCAACUGCGGCCCGCGGUCCAGUUUUUAUUGGCCCGCAGCAAAUUCUGAAAACAUAAUUGAAUAUGGCCCGCACAAGAAGCUUGAGCUCAACUCUGUUGCACUUCUCAGUUUUAACACUAGAUGGAGCGAAGAGAAGCGAACGUGCAGCGUUUGACGUCCCAUAAGCAACCCCCCCCGGGAAGAGAAACGAACGCGCAGCGUUUGACGUCCCAGUAGGACCCCCCCGGGAAGAGAAGCGAAAAUAUUGGCCCCCGGGCCCCUUCACGUUACUAAAUCUGGCCCUCCUUGCAAAAAGUUUGGACACCCCUGUCUUAGAGACAACUCAUUCGCUAUCUUGUAAUCAAAUAUAAAGAUUAUAUAUUAUUAUUAUAUAUAUAGUCUUAUAAUUAAGCUAUUUAGUUGAUUAUGUACUUGAGCAACAUUCAUCGGUGACAGAACUAAAAUGGCCAACAGUAGAGCGCAGAAACACAGUGCACCAAAUUGUUCCCAAUCCUUUUUGCACAAACAAAGGAAUGCAUAUAGUAAUCUACUUUAAUCGAGCUACAUGUCUGUUUUGAUGUUUGUGCAAGUUCAUAUUAUAUGGAUUUGUGUUGCCAAUUUUCAGUGUUUUAUUACCUCCAGUAUUUGUGAUUUUUGAAAUAAAUAAUUUGUGGCGUCCUCUAGCGGCAAUAGAAGCUGAUAACAAUUUUUGAUAAGGUCAUUUAUACUUUGAGCUUAAUAUUUCAGUAUUCUUUUUCCACCAGCAGAGGCCCUCAGUGCGAGAUAUUUUGCAAAAGCAUGACGUAAUGCUUUUAUUGUUCUGCUUGAUAGCAGUUAAAAUUUGAUCAACGUGCUCUUGUGUGACUUGUAUAUCACAUUUAUAUAUUUUUAUAUUUCAAUAUACAUUUUUAUAUUUUCAAUAUGAAUGGUUUUGUUAGACAACACGUUUUCUUGUUGCAAUAAUAGGUUUGAACAAAAAAUAAAAUAAAAAUGAAUUUUUUUACGAAUGUUA